UUCCAAGUCGCGAAUGUUGAAGGGUGGAAGUGCUCUCGGGUAACAGAAAGUAACGUUAUAGAUUUUUCCUUAGUUUGUCAGUCUGUUCUCGCUACAAGCUGAUAAUGAGCUCGGAGAAGGCUGCAUACGUUGUCGAAGCUGCCGGCCGGGCCCGCCGAGACCGACCCGGCGCGGCCCGAAUGGUGACGGUGGCCGUGGCGGUGGGGGCGGGGGUGCUGGUGGUGGCGGCCCUCGUCCUCCUCUUUCAUGAGGAAAAGCAUGUCCGUGAAAACUCCGCUCAACUGAAAGACCAGAUCCUGACGCUGAAGGAUCGUACCUUGGCCAUGGAGAUCAAACAAGACACCGCUGCCAAAGACAACCAGGAAGUGACGGCCCUGAAAAUCCAACUGUCGUCUCUGAAGACGGAGUUACAGCAGGAGAAAGCUGACGGCGCAUCUUUGAGGGAGCGGCUGGCUGUGUUGGAGACCAAGUUCCAACUCGGGCAUGCUGAGGAACACAGCUUUGGGAACUUUCGAGAGGACGAGAGGCCGAACCAAGCUGACAGUGUCCCUGAACACAACGCCACCUUGCGGAGGUACAGGCGCUCCGACAACUCCGUCACGACACCUGCCGGCCUCUUCCGGGGCCCUGAAGGACCGGCCGGACGAGACGGGCGGGACGGCCGUGAUGGUGCUCCCGGGCCACCCGGGCCUCCCGGUCCAUUUGGCGGAUGUGGAGGGUGUGGAGGACAAUCCUGCCCACAGAAGCCGUGCACUGCAGUACCACUAGGUAUGGAGAGCGGCGCUAUUCCUGAUGGCCACAUCACUGCAUCCAGUCAGUACAAUACUGGCAGUUGUGCCACCAGCAAAGCUCGCCUUCAUUCCCAGGAGGGCGCCGGAGCCUGGUGUGCUGCACAGAACAACAACCAGCAGUGGUUACAGGUUGACGUGGGAGCAGAGACUACUGUAGCUGGAGUUAUCACCCAGGGUAGAGCUGGUGCAGAUCAGUGGGUGACCUCCUACAAACUACGCUUCAGCAGAGACGGAAUCACAUGGUCUACAUACCUGGAUAACCUGGGACGUGAUAGGGUUUUCUCUGGCAACUCUGAUCGAGACACCGAAGUGCGCCACCUGUUGGAGCCGCCGGUAACUGCACGUUACGUCCGGUUCUGGCCACAGGCAUGGAACUCUCACCUCAGUAUGCGGGUGGAGGUCUUGGGACAGGACUGCACCGGUGACUAGACACAGCAUGCAGACUUGGAGAUUUCCAAAGCACAGAUUUGCACACAACAGGAUACACAUGUAUCUGCUUUGCAGUUUGAAGUGAAACACGUUUUCUUAUUUUACUUAUUGUGAUAGUUCACACCUAUGAUGUGUUUUCUUUAAACUGUUAUCAUCUCAGUAAAAAAAGUAAUAUUGUUGCUGGUAUGUUUGUUUGGCUUGGUGUUUGCAGUUAUUUGAGGUGGCCUAGGUGGGUUCAGAAACUGUACAUGUAUCUCAUGAGUCAUGGCUACACUGAGAGUUACUUGAUGUAUUUAGGGUUACUGAUUUAAAGCUUGUGACAACAAUGUUCAGCCUUAAUUAUAUUAAUACAAUGUCCUAAUGAUUACAGCAUUACACUUUUAUAUUGUAGCCGACCUGUAUUGUGUAGUGCUUGAUGAAAAUGUCAAUGGCUUCAUGAUGUAAAGAAGAAUGACUACAUUCCUUGUUUUUAUAUGCUGGUGUUGCUGUCCUUAGUUACUACACUGCCUUUAGUCGUGGAGAAAUUUUGACUAAUGUUUGCACACAAGGCGAUGAUACAAUAUAACAAUACAAAUGUAACGUCAGCUACUUCGUUUGUGCAGAAGUUAUCAGGCAUUUAUACUCAGAAAUAAAGCAGACUGUUCCACA